GCGGGGGACUCAAGAGAGUUCCGCCGGGACCGGGGGAACACGCCAGGGCGCGGGCUCACCAGCUGCCGCACCUCGUCCAAACAGGCCAUAGCCCUGGUGAGAUGUCGCGGAACGGUGGUCUCAGGCCGGACCCAAACGCACGUCCCGGGCGGCUUCGGAGAGAGACCCGCUGGGCGUAACAAGCGGGGCACGGGGCGUGCCGGGCGAGCGGCAGCCGUUAAUGGGCGGGGCGGCCUCUGCCGAGAGCCUGGGGCGGGGCCAAGGCCGGUGGCUGCGGGAACGUGCCAGGGACGGGCCCGGCGUUUCCCGCGCUCCGGGCGAGCCUCUCCCGGCUGUGCUCCCGGGGACGUUUUAGACGAAAAGCCCGUGAGCAGGGAAGUGGGAGGGGACCAAGAAGCAGGGGACGUGAAGCAAACGUUAGGCACCGCAACGCCCCGCUCAGGCGGAAGCAGUGAUUGCUGGCCCGCGCGGAGCCCGGAAGUGGGCGUGGCCCCGGGCCGCAGACUGGCGCAGAGAUUGAGGCCCGAACGGAAGUGGGCGUGGUGGGGGGCGUGUCGACGGGGGGCACUGCCCCAGUGAGGCGGUGUCUCCGCUCGCGGGAGUCGGAGUCUAUAAAACUGGCAUCGCGUGCAGCCUGUCGCUCUCCAGGUUCCCCGGGCGCGCGGCUAUGGUGUCGGGCUGAGCCGUCCCCGGGGCGGAGGAGCUGAGCUGGGGAAUGGAAGGGCCGCUGGAGCCGAGCUCCGAGACGAUCCUGCGCUUCCUCGCCGAGCGCGGGGGCCGGGCCCGGCACUCGGAAUUGGUGCAACACUUCAGGGACGCCCUGGGCGGCCAGCGCGAGCAGCGCACCCGCGCCCGCGAACACUUCAAGGAACUGGUCAACGCGGUGGCCACCGUGCGCACCGACCCCGCGGAUGGUACCAAGUAUGUGCAUCUCAAGAAGAGGUUCUGGACAGGGGGGUCCCCUCCGCUGGAGGCCUCGAUCCCCCGGGACCUACCGCGGAUCGAGGUGACUGAGGAGCCUCCAGUCCCGGACCUUCCAGCCGAGCCCUGCGAAGGCAGCCAGCUCCAGGAGGGGGCAGAUCCACAGUUGUCUCUCGGGCUGGGUGGCGAAGCGAGCGACCCGGAGCCUCUGAUCCCGGCUCAAAGUGGGGCCCAGGGUAAGAACUCGUCACAGGAGGGCCAGGCGGAGUCCUGGGCUUCAGUCCCCGGGCCCAGCGAGAACCUGAAACUCCCAUCACACGGCGGUGAGGAGGUCGAAGGGGGCAGUUCCCCCGGUGGGCCGAAUACGCCGAGGUCGGCUCGUCAGAACUUUCGGGACCUGGUGAUGGGCAGCUCCCCUCAACUCAAGAGGAGCGCGUGCCCUGGGGACGGUAGCUCUGGGAGCAUCUCCGGAGGGGGUCGCGGCCGAGGAGGGGGCGACUCGGAUAGCGCAUCACUGGCUUCGUCAUCCGCAGAAGAGGAGAGCAGCGGUGGGGGCGCGGUUACUCUGGAUCCCCUGGAGCACGCCUGGAUGCUCUCGGCUUCGGAGGGCAAGUGGGACAGCCUAGAAGGGCUGCUCACUUGUGAGCCUGGCCUGCUAUCGAAGCGAGACUUCAUCACCGGCUUCACCUGUCUCCACUGGGCCGCCAAGCACGGCAGGCAGGAGGUCCUGGCUAUGUUGGUCAACUUUGCCAGCAAACACCAGCUGCCAGUGAACAUCAACGCCAGGUCGAGCGGAGGCUACACUGCCCUCCAUUUGGCGGCCAUGCAUGGGCAUGUAGAGGUGGUGAAAUUACUAGUGGGGGCCUACGACGCAGAUGUGGACAUCAGGGACUACAGCGGGAGAAAGGCCUCUCAGUACCUGAGUGAGAGCAUCGCAGAGGAGAUCAAGAACCUGGUGGGAGCCAUGGACGAAGAUGAUGGGGACAGUUCCACCGGCCGCGGGAGUGGGCGCUGGAGACUUUCGAAGGUGCUCCCGUCACACCUCAUCACUUACAAACUCUCGCAGGGCGUGGAAGAUGGAACUGAACAUCACCAUCAUCACCACCACGUCGCCGAAGGAUGGCCCGCAAGCAAAGCAAAAGAUUCAGGUCGCAAAGCCCUGGGCAGCUCCAGUGGACGGAUAAAACCACGACUCAACAAAAUCCGAUUCCGAACCCAGAUCAUUCACACCACACCCUCAUUCAAGGAUACCGAACAGCCCCUGGAGGAAGGGGAAGAGGAGGAAGAGGAAAGGUCUCUUAAAGGCUACUCAUCUUCCUUCAAACUGAGACCGAAGUCCAAUGUAUUUGGGUAAAAAAAAUAAUCCGUGCUAGAAAUGCUAAGGUUUAGUUGUCUUCAAGGUAGAAUAAUACUGGCUGUGGAUAAGAAAGUGGAACCAGAAAAGACAGGAUAAAAUUACGAAUUUUUAACUUGUGGGCUUGGGGUGGAUCCGUAGUAAUCCUUUCAGGAUAGCCAUUCUGGGGCAAGAGAAUGUCUUAAAUGAUUCAUAAUCCGUUGAUUUGUGCCUCUUCCCCCCACCCCACCCUUGUAACCUGGAACGUGUGAGAACUGGAAUGGAUUGAUGACUAAGAGCUGCUUUGCUUUAACCAUUACUAGAUACCAUGCACAGUAAGGACUGUCACACUUUCACGUCUGUUUUUCCAAGUCACUCUUAGGACAUCAGAAAAUGCAAACUCUAUGCUAAUGGAAACUGAGCCUGGUCAUGUUUGUAAGUGAACCAAACUACGGGCUGCCCUGAUUUCUUACUGUUCAGUUUGCACUUGCUCCUUAAGGUGCUAACGAAGGUCCAGGUCAGAGUUGAAAUGUGAAACUACAAAUGAGAAUUAUGUGAGUCGAGCUGGGAACCCUGUUGGUAUCUUACUUAUAUUGUAAGCAGCAGUUCCCAUUUUUCAAAAGCAAUUUCAGUUUUAAUCACUGAACUAAAGAAAUAAGCAGCAUUUGCUUUUGAGUUAUUGUAAUGUGGUUUGUGCCCAUAUAACACUAUUCAGUAUACGGUACAUGAUUAAUCACAAAUUUUUAUUUAAAUAGAACACUUAGCAGCCUAUGGUACUUUUUUUAAUGUGUGUCUUGAUGAGCACUAACUUGUUUUGCUACUCUGAAAUUCUCACCUUUCUGGGGUUUGUACUCUGGUGAUUCUUCUUGAUGAAACUUACGGUACUUAGACUGAUUUACAUAUUACUUAACAAAUCUUGUUUAGAAAAUAGCAGAAAUCAGUAUAAGUAUUAAUAAGCCUAUGCUUCUGUGAAGUAGUUAUUAAAUCAACUUAAUAUGGUUCUCAUAUAAGAGAUAUUUAAUUUUAUUAAUACAUUCACAGUCUAUGCUUCAUAGCAACAUUUUACAAAUGUUCAAAAUCUUUCACUUUUCUUACAUUUCUUCAUAUCUACUCAAAGAGCUGUCUGUGGUGUAGUGACUGAAAAGCUAAAUAGUUUGCCCAUUUAAAAAUGGGCAGAUGUAUUAUACCUUAUAAAAGGAAAAAGAAACGGAACCAUUUGUGUAUUUCAAUGCUGCUAGCCAUUGCAUUUCCUUAUAUAUAAAUGGAAAAAUACUGUUCCUUAAAAUUAAAGACUUUUAUAACUGUGAUCCUUAA